AUGGCAGCCACUAAUCAACAAAUUGUUGUUUCGCGCGGGAUCUUUCACGGGCUGCCAACCUUUCCCGAGACUCCCGAGCUCACAGGUCUGACCGCAAUCAUCACCGGUGCGAAUGGAAUCUCAGGCUACCACAUGCUGAAAGUGCUCGCCGCGGCGCCUGAGCGAUGGAAGAAGAUCUACUGCCUGUCUCGACGAUCCCCACCCGAUUAUUUCUUCUCAGACCUCGGGGACGGGGCGAGUCGCGUCGAGCACAUCUGCGCGGAUUUUCUCACUGAACCUGCUGAUCUAGCGAAGAGUCUGGGGAAGAUCUCGACUGUUGAUUAUGCCUUCUUUUUCUCGUACAUGCAGCCGACGCAAAAGGGCAAUAUCCUAGGAAUGUGGUCAAAUGCAGACGCGCUUGCCGAAGUCAACUCUUCUCUCCUCCGCAAUUUCCUGGGAGCCCUAGAGCUAGCCUCACUCAAACCGCGCCGCGUUCUGCUCCAGACUGGCGCAAAGCACUACGGAUUCCACAUGGGACCGGCCACGAGCCCCUCGUUCGAAACCGACUCUAGAGUGCUCCUGGAGAACAACUUCUACUACCCACAGGAAGACAUGCUGUUCGAGUACAGCAAGCGCAACGGCGCGGAAUGGAACGUCGUGCGGCCUUCGUACAUCAUCGGUGCCGUGCGAGAUAAUCUUCUGAACCACAUGGUUGGACUGGCAGUUUUUGCCUCGGUCCAGGCGCACCUUGGACAGCCGCUCCCAUUUCCAGGCGAUUACACGGCAUGGGAUAGAGAGUACUGCCAGAGCAGCGCUUUGUUGAAUGCGUAUCUGGAGGAGUGGGCCGUGUUAAGUCCGAACACGGGGAACGAAGCGUUCAAUGCCCAGGACGGGCUCCCUUUCACCUGGGGCCGCUUCUGGCCAUACCUGGCCAAGUGGUAUGGGACGACUUUUGCGCCGCCGGAAAUCGACGCCAGUAAAUACCGUGAGACUGUCUCUAGGCAUGACCAGAAUCCACGAGGAUACGGACCUCCAGGUGUGACACGCUCGACAUUCUCACUACUCGAGUGGUCAGAAUCCCCGCAAGUCGUCGAAGCAUGGAACGAGCUGAGCGGGAAGCAUGGGCUCCUGCUCGACCCAUUCAAGGAUCGGGCGCAGAUCUUCGGGAUGACAGACAGCGCCGUGAUUGGUGGAUGGGCAUUAUCUCUAAGUGUGCGAAAGGCGAGGAAACUGGGUUUCCUGGGGAACGUCGACUCCUAUGAGAGUGCCUUUCAUUGCCUGAAGGAUCUGGCAAGAUUGAAGGUGUCGCCUCCGCUGGCGACGCACGAAUACGAAGAGGCCAUUUGA